AUGGCUAUGCCCAAGAACUGCAGCUGGUCCGCAUGUGUCGAAGGAUGCCAGUGCAAUGCAGGGUUUGUGCUGAGUGGCAUCGAGUGUGUGCCUCUGGAGCAGUGUGGCUGCUUCUACAAGGGACAGUAUUACCUGAAAGGGGAAACCUUCUUCCAGAAAGGAGAAAACUGCCAAAAGAUGUAUCAGUGUAAUGGACCCACCUAUGCAGUCGUUGCUGUUGAGUCCCUGUGCGGACCUGGACAAUUCUGCGGUACCCAGAAGGAGGUGUAUGGGUGCCAUCCAUUGUUGGAUGGUAUUUGUCAGGUUUCUGGGUUUUCCCACUAUGUCACUUUUGAUGGGUGGCAUUAUAGCUUUCAGGGCACCUCCACAUACGUCUUGGCUGAACUGUGCGGGGUGUCCAAGCCUUUACCAGCUUUCAAAGUUGAACUGAAGAACGAGAAGCAGUCCAGCAGCCCAUUAUCUGCGGCAUCAGAGGUGUUUGUGCUGGUGAACCACACCCAGGUACAUCUGCAGAGCGGACACAUGGGCAGAGUCAAGGUAAGAACAUUCUUAUGUAUUCACAGCUUGGCUAAUUUAUCAUCAUCAUUUUUAAUUUGUAUACCAUCUUUCUAUCUUACAAUACUCAAGGUGGUUUACAAGCUGAAGAAACAAAAAAAUGUACAUCUUAUAACAAUCUAAUGCAACACAAAAAUGUGAUAAUAAAACAUAACUUUAAAAUAGGCAACCUACAUCAAAAAAGUAACGUUCAACAAUCAUUAGAAUAGUAUUAAAUAAUAAUAACAUAUAAAAGUUAAACAGAAAUCCGCUCAACAGUUACAAUUAAUAAUUUCUAAACUAUAAUCAGUAAAACAAUGGCAAGCCACAGUACAGUCAUACCUCGGGGUUAAAGACGCUUCGGGUUAAAUCUUUUCAGAUUGCGUCCCACGGUGACCCGGAAGUACUGGAAAGGGUUACUUCCGGGUUUUGCCGCUUGCGCAUGCGCAUACGCUCAAAAUGAUGUCACGUGCAUGCGCAGAAGCGGCAAAUCGCAGCACGCACAGACGCGGGUUGCGUUCUGCUCAGGUUGCGAAUGGGGCUCUGGAACAGAUCCUGUUCGCAACCAGAGGUACCACUGUACAUAAAAUAAUACAAUACAAAUUGAGAAGCAGAGACAAGAGGGUGGUGGGGCAAGGCAGGUGGAAGGAGGCCUUGCCUGACAAAGUCUCUCCCCUCACAGUUCUUCCUCCAGGCACAGCUUCCUUAUGAGGAGUCCCAGGGCCAGGGGGUGGCGCAAGGCAGGUGGAAAGAGGCCUUGCCUGAUGGAGUCUCUCCAUCUUAUUUAUUGUUAGGGUGCUUACUAAGUGCUGUUAUAUUCCAGUUACGACUAAAAGAAUCAGAAGCAGGGUAUCACAUAUAAGCCAGUGCAGUGUAAUAUUAAACAGGUCCAAUGAUUGAACUGUGCACAUCGGCACCUAAGAAAGAUGAGGGUUCGCUGACAUCUCACACUCUUCUCUAUUGAACCCACUAAGUCUUUGCCUACUUAUCUUUUCUUUAUUUUGUAAAAUUUUAAACUCUUAAACCUUCCUCCUUCACCACCCUCAAAACCUGGGCAGAUGGAGUGCAGCUGACAUUCCACUGGUGCAGAGUAGCCUAGUGCCACAAAAGACUGUUUAGUGUCAUCAGCCAGCCUUGCAAACAAAUCCGUACAUGUUACUAUUCCACAAGAAAAAGGUAUUUACAGCUCUUAGAAGACUAACACGUUUACUGUGGCAUAAGCUUCCCCUUCAUUGGAUGUAUGGCAUGCAUAAUAGUGGGGGAUUGUAAGCAGUGCCAUCAGAAAUGAAAUGCAAAAUUACAACAACUGACUGCUCAAUUACAGCAGCUUUCUGUCAGUUGAAUGAAUUUUAUUAUUACAGUCACAGACCAGUUCCGGCUCACUUACAAUAUCAGGGAAAUCAUAAAACACAACAGGAAUACAUUGAAUUGCAAUUGGGUAUAACAGAGACAGUACAGAUACAGCCGCAGUUAAAAAUAUAUAUUUCUGUCAGGGGUUUUUUUUUGGGGGGGGACUACAAUUCCCAUCAGUCCCAGGAAGCAUGGGAGCUGUAGUCCCAUACAAAAGCUGGAGAGCACCAUGUGCUCAAUGGUGCAUUUAUUGAUUGAUUGAUUGAUUCAUUGAUUGAGUGAGUGUUGGCCUCUGUUUGAAAUGCAGCAUUUUCCUACAGCGGCUUACAACAUGGGGAAAAAAAAUAAUGAUCACGAUUUUGAUUUCCCGCCUGUUUACAACCAUCUGCAACUCAAGGUGGUGGACAUAAAGUCAGGGUAAGGUAAAGGGACCCCUGACCAUUAGGUCCAGUCGUGACUGACUCUGGGGUUGCGGCGCUCAUCUCGCUUUAUUGGCCGAGGGAGCCGGCGUACAGCUUCUGGGUCAUGUGGCCAGCAUGACUAAGCCGCUUCUGGCGAACCAGAGCAGCGCACGGAAACACCGUUUACCUUCCUGCCGGAGUGGUACCUAUUUAUCUACUUGCACUUUGACGUGCUUUCGAACUGCUAGGUGGGCAGGAGCUGGGACUGAGCAACGGGAGCUCACCCUGUUGCAGGGAUUCGAACCACCGACCUUCUGAUCAGCAAGUCCUAGGCUCUGUGGUUUAACCCACAGCGCCACCUAAACAAUUCAGCUCACAAUGAAAUCGAGCACCAUUAAAACAGCAACAGAUGCGUUUUAAAUCGGCAUCCUGAAAAAGCCCACCUUCUGCUGCAAUCCUGUACAUUCACCUGACAGCAGAACCCAUGGAACUCAGUGUGGCUUGCUCCUAAGCGGACAUUGUAGGAUUGCACUGUAAAUAAAUAGACCUCACUUGCUCUGGCAAUUAAUACUUGCUGUCUCCCACAUGCACUGUGAGAAAUUGAAAUACUGUCUAGAUACAGCUACCUGUCGUUUUCUAGAGUGAUGGGUUUCGGGGAAGAAAGGUUCAAUGUUCUUCUUUUGCUCACACAGAUUGAUGGCGUGGUCACAAUCCUCCCAGUGCAUUUAAAAAACCAAGGAAUUGUCAUUUACCAGCAUGGGUUUUACACAGUUUUAAAGACAGACUUUGGGCUAACAGUGAGCUAUGACUUGGCCCGCAGCGUCUUUGUCACACUUUCCCCUCAAUACCAAGGCCAGGUAUGUGGGCUGUGUGGGAACUUCAAUGGGGUUGCUGACGACGACUCGGAGACACGCAAUGGAUCUACAGUGAAGCAUGCCUUGGACGCUGCCCUAGACUGGAGGUCAACAGACAUUCCCCAUGGCGCCUCUUCUGCUAUAUUUGGUUGGCGGGGAAGUCUCGUCCAAUCUAUAUCUCUGUGCUGGAUAAUACAGAAUCCUGAUGGGCCCUUUGCCUCUUGUCACUUGCAAGUUGACCCAGAGCCUUAUCUGACGCGUUGCAUUUUUGACCUGCACAUCUCCUCCGGGGACAACAACGUCAUGUGCUGGUCCAUUCAGACAUAUGCAGCGGCCUGCCAAAGAGCCAAUGUAACCCUCCGGCCCUGGAGGACGGAGUUUUUCUGUGGUAGGUCCAUUUUGUGAAACUCGGAACAUCCCACAGUUUUGGGCUCUGUCCACAUCGGCCCACUUCCAUUGCAGCCCUCAAACUUCCAUUUCCCAAUGCAUGACUCUUACAAUUGGUCCUCAAGGACAUGUUUGCUUAAACAUAUGUGCUUUCUGUUCCUGUGACUACUGCAUUGUUCUUUGCAUUCGAAGCAGCAGAAGACAGCAUAGUGAGGUUCACUGCUCUUACUGAUUCUAAGUGUAAACUUAAAUUUUGGGGCAGGGAGAAGAAAAUGGAAAAAAUUAGUGCAGAUUUGGAAGCAUCCCAUAUGUGCCCUGCAGACUAUGCUGUAGGAACAGCAUUAAAAGUCAAUCCUGUGAGGGCUGGCAGAACAGGUGAACAUGUACCAAGGACAAAAUCGUUCCCUCCAUUAGCUACCUCAGGUACUGAGUGUCAACAGGACUGUAGCUAUUCAGAUCAAAUCUGAUCUGAUCUGAUCAGGGUUGUAGCCCAAAUGAGGUCACUGUGGGACAGGCAUCCCCAAACUCGGCCCUCCAGCUGUUUUGGAACUACGAUUCCCAUAAUCCUUGACCACAGGUCCUGUGGGUGAUGGGAGUUGUAGUCCCAAAACAGCUGGAGGGCCAAGUUUGGGGGUGUCUGCUGUGGGAUAACCAGCCUCAUACAACCAACAUGCUUAUGUCUAAUUAAUGUAUGAAGAGAUUAAUACCAUAGAGUAAGCUGUCCUGCCAGGCUUGGCUGUGUCCACUUCCCUUCACCUUGGAGGAACUAGCUUAUGAAGCCCUCCACAGUCUACUUGUGAAACUCAAACCAAGCUCAAGCCACAUGGCUCUCAUUAGCCACUCUUGAGUUCCUAUAGCAAUCAUUUAGGAACUUUCACCACUUUGGAACUAAACUAUACUUGUUGUUUUUAUUUUGUGGUUUUAUAUAUUAAUUUUAUUCUGUAAUCUGCCCUGAGACCUGCAAGUAUAGGGUGGUAUAUUAUUAAUAAUAAUAAUAAUAAUAAUAAUAAUUACUGCCUGUGCAACCUUCUGACUGAUGUAUGGAAAAGCCCAUGAAUCUGACCAUUGGAGAAUUUGUAAGUAAACCACUGUCAGAAUAAUCACUAAGGCAAUUUUUUAAUUGAUAAGCUCAGUCACUGUAUGUAAAUGCUGCAUUACAAUGAUGGUGGCAUAAUAAUAAUACAUCUUUAAGAGUCCUAAAAGAGUCCAUGGGUGAGAGCAAUGGCUUUUGUAAGCAGUGAAAAAUAUAAACAACCACUCCAGAUUUUGAAAAAUCCCUGUUACAGUACUGUAUUUUGGUGGUGGAAAAACAAACCAUUUCUCAUCCUUGUUUAUCCUCUUCCUUUCAGCUGCAGAUUGCCCAGCAAAUAGUCACUAUGAGCUCUGCAAGCCGCCUUGCCAAGAUCUGUGCUUGAGCUCCACAUUUAAACACCUCUGCAGCCCCCUGUGCUCAGAAGGGUGCGCCUGUGAUGAUGGAUACUUGUGGAAUGGAGACAAGUGUGUUCAGCCUGAGCAAUGUGGAUGUAAACACAAUGGGUUGUACUACAAUGUGAGUAGAUUUCACCCUCCCUGAUGCUGUUAAAAUACCGUUUAGAAAUACUGGCAUGCAAUGCUGUGUUGUUUUUUAAAGAGAGAAUUAAGAUUACUCUGCUAGAUUCAAAGCCAAUAUGAGCUUAUGCAAGUGUUUAGACCAUGUCCAGUCUUUACUGAGCAUUUAUCCUGAAUUGUUUGCGGGGAGGUUCUACAACAAAUAAACACUCAUCCUGGGUUGCUUCCAGAGUGUAUACUCGUCUUCCCAUUAAUCAUCCAUUCAUCUCGUGCUUUUCAGUGCAUUUCCUCAUCUCUUUCCUAACUGCCAAAACUCGUUUCCUUUUUAAAGUGGAUUUGUUGCACUAGGGGCGACAGAGCACUUUAAUCCCCUUUAAUUGUGCAAACCUAAUUUGUGCUUGAAUCCCUGGUGGCAUCCUUAAAAGCACAAGACGCACCCUAAGGCAGCAAGCGGAUGCAUGCUAUAUUAUUUUCUUGUUAGUAUUAUUCAUUAUUAUUAUUCAUUAAUUGAUGGUUGUUCAAAUUCAGGUAUUCCCAGGGAAAGCAAUGGGGCAAGAGGAAAACCACUCAGACCCAUACUUAGAAAUUGCAGGACAAGCUGAAGUGUGGACGAGCCCAUAGUUUGGCCCUAGGCUCUCUUUAUCAAUAGCAGCCCUCCAAAAGGUGAGGAAGAAGGCUUUCCAUCUCUGCUUCCCAACAUCUUUUUGACUGGGGGAGACUGAGAUUGAGCCUGGGGUGUAAUGCACCCAAAGCGAGAGCUCUGUUAUUUUGUCCUCCAAACAAAUGCCUUUGUCUUGGAAGUCCUGAUGUGUCAGGACAUACUCAUAGGUGCAGCUUUUCUCUGCCACUCAUCCUCCCCCCUUGUGAGAUUCUGGCUGCGUACUGAUUGAAGACAUAAUAAUAAUAAUAAUAAUAAUAAUAAUAAUAAUAAUAAUAAUUUAUACCCGGCCCAUCUGGCUCGGUUUCCCCAGCCAAUCUGGGCAGCUUCCAACAAAAUAUUUAAAACAUGAUAAAACAUCAGACAUUAAAAAAAACUUCCCUAAACAGGGCUGCCUUCAGAUGUCUUCUAAAAGUCAGAGAGUUGUUUAUUUCCUUGACAUCUGAUGGGAGGGUGUUCCACAGGGCGGGAACCACUACCGAGAAAGCCCUCUGCCCGGUUCCUUGUAACCUCACUUCUCGCAGGGAGGGAACCCGCCAGAAGGCCCUUGGCACUGGACCUCAGUGUCUGGGCAGAAUGAUGGAGGUGGAGAUGCUGCUUCAGGUAUUCUGGGCCGAGUCCGUUUAGGGCUUUAAAGGUCAGCACCAACACUUUGAAUUGUGCCCGGAAAUGUACUGGGAGCCAAUGUAGGUCUUUCAGGACCGGUGUUAUAUGGUCUCGGUGGCUGCUCCCAGUCACCAGGCUAGCUGCCGCAUUCUGGAUUAAUUGUAGUUUCCGGGUCGCCUUCAAAGGUAGUCCCACGUAGAGCACAUUGCAGUAGUCCAAGGGGGAGAUAAAAUACUGGCCUAGAGGAACAAUCAUCUGAUGUGACAAAGGGGGUGAUUCCUAUAUUCUUCCUUUCCUUUGCGCCUUGGGAAAGGGCCAGCAGAGACCACUAUAUAUGUCUGCCCUCUAAUUUCCUUUCCAUUUUCUCUAUGUCUGUUCUGCAAAGACAGAGCUCUUGCUGGUUUAUAUAGUUUCAUAUUUCAGAGAUAUGCUCAUAUAUAUAUAUAUUUGUGAUCUUUUCACAAUGGCCAUUCUUUCUCUCUUCAUGGCUGCUUUCCCUACCAGAUCGGAGACCUUCUCUGGCUCUCUGGUUGCACACAAAGGUGCAGUUGUGAUGUUUCUUCCACCUUCCGCUGUGUCCCAGCAAGCUGCAGCCAUGGACAGCAGUGUGCCCUCAAGGAUGGCAAGCUGGGCUGCAGGCCUCGGCUGGCCACUUGCACCGUGUCCGGGGAUCCACAUUACUUCACUUUCGACGGGGCUGUGGCGCAUUUCCAGGGCACUUGCGCCUACGAGAUCUCAAAGACUGACGGCUCCUCUACUGACCUCUCCUUCCGGGUGGUGGCGGCUAACAAGAAUUUCCAGAGUCCUCUGGUGUCCUUUCUUUACCGAGUGGAAAUAUGGCUUGUCUCCAAGCAGUUCCGUUCUCAUGUUGUUUUGGAGCAAGGCAAAGAUGUGCAGGUGAGCAGAACUUGUUGGACUCAAAGAAGAGGCCAUGGGGUGGGAAUCAAACAAAAGCAGAUUGGAAAAUAUACAUUAUAGAGCAGCAUAACCAGAAGCCAUUCUUAAGGAACACAUCCUAUGAGGAAAGGUGGAAGGAACUAUCUUAUGUGAGAAUGUUGUGGAUAGUAGGAGAGGAUAUAUUGAUUAAAUGUUAUCCUUUCUUCACUGUGCGAAAUAUGAGCAAGCCAGGGCUGAACUGAUAUUACCCUUGCUGGUACCUUUCCUGGGAAAAUCAGAGGCUCACUAUGUCAGGUUCCUACUGGAAGAUCAGACAAACGCUAGAACAUUAGCAGUGGCAAAGUUUUUAUCAGUGGUUGCAAGAACCAAUGAUCCUUGUCUUCUGAACAAAAUGCUUGUUUAACCUGGAGGUAGGCUGUAUGGAUUGUGUAUUGCUUUAUAAUGAUUUGUUGGAUCUCUGGACCAUAAUAAGGAUUGAUUUGAUUAUCCUUUCUCACUCACGCUAGUGAGUCAGUAACAGAGUACAUUCCCCAGUAUAUAGCAGGAAGCUAGUAGGUAAACUCAUUUGAAUCUCUUUACUUAAGCCAGGCAUGGCCCGACUUGACCCUCCAGAUGUUUUGGGACUACAAUUCCCAUCAUCCCUGACCACUGGUCCUGUUAGCUAGGGAUGAUGGGAGUUGUAGUCCUAAAACAGCUGGAGGGCCAAGUUUAGCCAUGACCGACUUAAACAAUCCAAUCAGGCUUGUCCACAUUGGGCUUGAUCCUGGUAAGUUCCCCUUUUACUCCUCUUAAAAAGAAUAAAGACACAACAGUUUUCUUUUAAAAGUAAUGAUAAGAAGUUUACCUACAUUCAGUUCACAGUAGGUUCCCUGAAGGCAGGCCUUUAGCUUGUACUUACAGAAAAGAGAGUGGGUUCAUCCCAUGUAGGGAUUUGAGCCCAUGUGCUGCUGGCUCAGAGCCAGCAGACAGCAAAGUACAUCAGUAUCAGAAUAAAGCAGCAAAAGAGUAAAGGGAAGAUGGCCGUGUGACUGGCCCUUUUACAGGGGUCUCAUGGGAUCACGCCCACCUACCUGGUCACACGCAGGGGGAGGAUGCUCCAGAACAGGUGUGACAGGAAGUCCUCCUGGAACUGGAGUAACAUCCCCCUGUGUGUCUACUCUGGGCAAACAGGAAGUGUUGUACUUGACUGCUUAUGUUACAGCCCACAUCUUAGCCUGGAGAGGAGAAUUCUGAAGAGGGACGUGAUAAUACUCUUCAAAUAUGUGGAGGGUUAAUUCCCAGGGCCCAUUUUCUUGAGAUCUUUUUGAAUCUGCCUAUAUUCUUGUGAAUUUGCCUCCAAAUCCUGAUAGCUGCUGAGGACCAUUGUGGUGCCCAUCUACUUUUACCACCCAGAGGUGGGGUGGAGAAGUCUAGGAAGAAGCAGUGCCAGCAAUUGCAAGCAGCGCCUGUUUCAACAGUCUGGCAUGUGUCUCCCACUGUGGGAGAGGCGUCCUCCUUGGUCCUUGCUUUGUGAUGUUGUAACCCACAAUUUCCCCUCUGGACACUACAGUUAUUUCCUGGUUCCCAUUGGACUUCCGUUCCCUUUUCAGGUUGAUGGGAGGCAGACCCCCUUGCCAACAGAGCUGAAGCAGUUGGCCAACAUCACGCAAAGGAGGAACGUGGUGACUUUGAGAGCGCCCCCCAAUCUGGAGAUCCAGUACAAUGGCCGCCAUGCUUUGUUUGUCCGUGUAGGCCCAGAAUACUGGGGAAAGCUGCACGGGAUGUGUGGGAACUUCAACAGCAUCCGCAGGGAUGAUAAGGUCUUGCCUGAUGGCAAGAAAGCCAAGAACGAUGCGGAGUUCGGCAACGCUUGGAUGUCGGACAGAAGCCCCUCAGAGUACGUUUAUACCCUUCAUCUUUCCUUCGCCAUUUAUGGUGGUGCUGGUGCAUUCACACGUGCAUGGAAACAGGAGCUGAUGAGGGCUUUCUUUGCUGCAGUACAUGCUCUUCAACUGCCUUUGCUCCUCAUGCAUUCCUGCAUCUGAAUCAAAUGCAGACUGUUAUCCCCCAUUUUCCAGUCUGACUGUCUGCUUUGUUUUCCUUCUCACCACUGGUCCUAUGAUCCUUCCAUUAGGCAGCAGAUGUUGGUGGGUGGGAAGUGAUGGGGAAAUGUUGGAGGACUGAUCUGUGUGACACGUGGCCUCCCUGUGCUUCCUAAGCCUGGUCAGUUUCUGUACAUGGAUCAGGUGUCAUAUUAUCCUUUGCCUCAGGCAGCAAUUAGUCUUGGGCUGGUCAUAAGUGUUCACUUGCUUAUCUACUUAAAAUGUCUGGCUUUUUAAUUUUUUUUAUAUUUUUUCUACUCUAUUCCUUGUUCGCUUAAAAAACCAAACACUAUUUCAUGGAAGGGUGUGGAGAUGGCUUCAUGACUGAUAAAUGGGCCAGUCGAUCAGCUCUAUGCAAAUCUGCUACAAAACAGAAAUAUGUGCUUUCCCUUGCGCUUGGCAUCUUUUCAUGAAUAUGAUGAAUGUGUUUCCAUAGCAGCCUGACCACUAAAUUUAUGUGCAUCUGUCUCUGCUGAGAAACAGCAUUCUCUGAUUGGUUUCAGGGAGAAUGGUCCACACCAUUUCAGAAUUAGUGUUCACAAUGGGGACCUGCAAUGGAACCUUGCAGAGCAGAGUGCUCUUGUUCAGUGUGCUAGACAGUCAUGCCCUUUAUUAGAUACUCCAUUCCCCUUUCCAUUCCUCACACAACGGGCAUUAUGUGGUCCCUGAACAUGCUUAUUCCUCAUUGGAUUGUCUCAGUGGCGUAGCGUGGGGGGUGCAGGGGGGGGCGGCCACACAGGGCGCAACAUCUGGGGGGGGCGCGCUCGCACUCGCAGCUCUCUGCCCCUACCUGGCUCCACGGGUUAGGGGGCGCAAAUUACUUGCCUUGCCCCGGGUGCUGACAACCCACGCUACGCCACUGGAUUGUCUGCCUUAAGAAUUUUUCUACUACUGUAAAUCUUGAGGUUCCACUAAGUAUGCUGGUGCCUCCUUUUUGGGCCUUUGCAUUUUGGCUACAGCAAUAUACAAUAUUUUUUGCUCUAUAAGACUCACUUUUUCCGUCCUAAAAAGUAAGGGGAAAUGUGUGUGCGUCUUAUGGAGCGAAUGCAGGCUGCACAGCUAUCCCAGAAGCCAGAACAGCAAGAGGGAUUGCUGCUUUCACUGCACAGCGAUCCCUCUUGCUGUUCUGGCUUCUGAGAUUCAGAAUAUUUUUUUUCUUGUUUUCCUCCUCCAAAAACUAGGUGCGUCUUGUGGUCUGGUGCAUCUUAUAGAGCAAAAAAUACGGUAAUUCAUCACUUCCACUUGCUAUUAGUAUAAGUGACGGCUGUCAAUCUCUUCUUUUCCUAGCCAAAAAUAGGCACUUGAGGAGGAUUGGGCAUUACUGGAUAUUGGAAAGGAGCUGUUGUCCUGCUUGGAAGUUUUGGAAUUGGGGAGAUUUCAUAAAAAUCCUCUGGAGAUUCACCAGAGCCCAAUUUUGAAUGUGGCUUAAAUCUUGCCUGUUUGGGUUGAUCUGUGGAGUUUUGUACAGAAUUUCUGAAUGCACAGUAAUUCCAGUUAACCGCUACUCACACUUUCAGGUGCAGAAACGACACCGGAGGAUUUGAGCCUUGCGUAAAGCAGCAAGAGUUUGAGCAAAUGUGUGGGAUUCUAAGAGAUCGCUCUGGGCCUUUCUCAGAGUGUCACUGGCAUGAGGAUCCAGCUUCUUAUUAUGAAUCCUGCAUCUAUGACCUCUGCCGGUUCGGACCAGGCAAUCUCAUGCUCUGUGGAGCCAUAGAAGCUUAUGAAGAGAUGUGUGAGAUGCUGGGAGUGACGGUGCCAAACUGGAGGAAAGAACUUAAGUGUGGUGAGCAUGGUUCCUCUUGAGCUAUCUAUGACGUCACCACUUAUAAUGUGCAAAUGUGCACACGUUCAUUUCUAUGCCUUUAGUUCAGGAGAGCUUUCCUGUUGUGAGCCACAUUCCCACAGGGGUAAUCUGUUUGGGGCUGCAUGCCAGGACUCGGGGCAGGGGGAAAGCCAUUUUUGGCAAAAGCCAAAAAUGAGAAAUGAAGUUUGCAGCACUGCAGGCUUGCAUAGCGCUCUCUCUCUCUCUCUCUCUCUCUCUCUCUCUCACACACACACACACACACACACAGCUCCUCCAUCUCUCACCAUCUCUUUUUCUCCCCUAUGAGGAAAGGUUACAACAUUUGUGUUACACCAUGCCCCUACAGCAGCCCGUUUUUUGUGGCACAUCCCCAUUGGCAGCCAUUUUGUGACUGGUGCCCAAAGCACUUACUCAAAACUCCAAGUAUGCCCGUGUGCCUGAAGAGGUUUGUGUCCUCAGUGCUGCAUUAUGAAGAAAUGCCCUUUCUAAUAGACGAGAUCCUCCUACACAAUAUUUACUCUCACAAGUAAUUUCUAUUCAGCAAAGCUUCCUGCCAUCUUUAGUUGAAUGUUUAGGAUGAUAUCCAGCUAGGUUUUACUCAGAGUAAAUGCACUUACAUUAAUGGGCGUUAGUCAUGUUCAUUAAUUUCAAAGGCUUUGCUCUGUAGAACUAACAUUUAUAGCAUGGUAUUUCUCCUGGGGGAUAAGGGACAAAUAUUUCACUAAUUACCACCCCCCAAUAGAAUUGCCCUAGUGUCAGAUUCUGUUCCCACAGCAGGGGGAGGAGGAGCUUGAAUUACUUAUUUCCCCUCUUUCUUCUUCUUUUUGCAGAAAAAAUAUCAUUAAAAAAGAAAAAUAUGGAUCCAGAUUAAAUCAGUUGAAAUUAGGACUUGUACACAUUUACCUUUUGCCCCGUGCUUUCUAGGCACAAAUAUGUGUUUUCCUGGUCUGGGUGCAAGUGUUUUUGUUUUGCCUUGCUGCUUUCCCCAGAAAACAUCAUCUUUAACGCUGAAUCGGAGCAAAUGGCAAUUCAGGUUUUCCACGGAUAGUCAUUUGCUCUGAUUCAGUUGUAAAGAGCAGGUUUUCGCAGGGAAUACAGCUUCGAUAAGUGUGGAUGAGUGCUUCUGUGGCUGCCUUUAAAUGUUUGGGGAGGAAGGAAAGACCAAAUCACUGCUCCCUUGCAUCUAUUUUGACUUAAGUUGCCAACCAGGGUUGCAAAAUAACGUUGUGGUUGUCUCUUUGUUUGGUGGCAGCAAGGCAGCCAUGUCCUCUUCUUUUGGGGUAACUUGUUUUCUUUUACCCUAGAAAUUGCCUGCCCGGCCAACACUUACUAUGAUUUCUGUGGCACAGCCUGCCCUGCCAGUUGCGCCAACCUCAAUGCUUCUGCCCAGUGCUCCAAGCCAUGUGUGGCAGGUUGUUUCUGCAGAGAAGGCCAUGUUUUGAAGUCUGGAGUCUGCGUGCCCUUGGAAGAGUGUGGCUGCAGGCUAAAUGGCCACAGCUAUCAGGUGGGCGAAGAGGUGAUCCUGACAGACACCUGCAGCAGGAAAUGCUCCUGCAAGCAGCCUGGCCAUCCCAUGGAAUGUUGGGACCACACCUGUGGGCCUCUAGAGAGAUGCAGAACCAUGGACGGCAUCCGGGGCUGUCACCCUGUGAAAUACGGCACUAUGUGGGCAUUCGGUUACCUCCACUAUAUCACAUUUGAUGGAGUUGCAUUUGAUUAUCGAGGCGUCUGCAGGUACACACUCACUAGGUACUGCGGCCCUCCCAGCCAGCUUCCUGCUUUCACCAUCCAUGUGACCAACGAACACAUGGACUCCAUCGCAGCAUCUUGGACCAGACAGAUAGAACUGGAUGUCUAUGGGGAACACAUUGCUGUAGCAGGAGGGCAAGAAGGCAAAGUGCAGGUAAGGAGAACGUUUUGCAAGCUUGGAAGAACCUCACACACACCCCAGAGAACACUGCAGAACUGAUUAGUAGAGAACCUGGAAUCCCCAAAGAGUCGCUAGCUUGGCACACUCGUACACAAAUACACUCUGCCUAUACAGCCAAUUUUCGCAAGUCUGCAGGAUGUUUGAGGAAUCAUCGCCAUCUAAAUUUAGCAAGCGUUUCAGGUGUCUUCCUGUCCCAAGAGGGGAUGGAGAGGAGGUCACAAUUAAAGGAGCUGCUCGUCGACAAACAUGCAGUAGAAUGCUAAUCAUGCUCACUUAGCAGUAAGUCCCAUCGCAUUCCUGGUAAGUGCAUUAAAAGAUUGCAGCCUUAGUUGUCAUGCAUAGGUCAAAACUGGAAGUAACAGCAGUAGUCAUGUAUGUCUGCAAAAGUGGCUGCCCUGUUGCAUAGUAAGAUAUAGAUAUGGCAUCUCAGGGCCCCUGCAGUUGUUCCUUUCCUUGUGCCUUUGUGAUGAUUUGUGCUCAUGAUAGCAUCGGGUAAUUAUACACCAUCCUCUUUUUAAUACUGUGUGUGGCUGCAGACAUUUUGGGGAAGGCGUGCUUGUUGCUUUUCCAAUGGUGUGUGUCCCGUAAGGCCUGCUGCAAUCCUGUCGCUUUUCAUACCAUAAAUGUCCAGGGGAGAGCGGGGGCUGUCUUUUUCUUUCAUUGCACUACAGCUCAGGAAUGCCCCUCCAUGCCCCAAGUGGAUUGGAACGGGAAGCCCAGCAAUAUCCAAAAGGUUGCCAAUUCUUGUAGAAUGGCAGCUUAAGGAAUGAAUAUGAAAAUAGUAAACUAAAAUGAGCAAUGAUUUCAGUAUAUUAAAAAUCACACCAGUCAAUUAUCAAUUAAUCAGUUAUGAAAUUGAUUAUGAAAAGUAUUUUUUCUUUUCAUUUUUUUCUUGUUUCUUUCUUUUAUCUUUUGUCUUUCUUCUUUUCUAGUUUGCAUUCUGGAAAAUUGUGUAGAUAAAAUGUUUUUAUGUAUGUUUAUGUAUUGUUUCUAUUUCUUUUUUUCUUUCUUUUUUGUAACAUUUAAUAAAAUUUAAUUUUUUUAAAAAAACAAAACACACCAGUCAGCAUGGGGGUAAUUGUGGUCAGCACGGGGGUCUCAGUAGUUCCUAAAGGUUUCUGGCAUCACCCUUUUGUCCUAGGUAAAUGGCCUCCUGGCAAACCUGCCCCUCACUCUUGCAUCAGGGAAGAUCAACGCCUACUUCAGAGGCUCAUCCAUCAUCAUCCAGACUGAUUUUGGCCUCUCCAUUUCCUACGACUGGUCUUACUAUGUGUCCGUUUCUGUUCCUGAAACCUAUUCCGAGUCCCUCUGCGGCCUUGGUGGAGAUUUCAAUGGAAACCACCACGAUGACUUCAGGACCCCCAACGGCUCCUUGGCUCAGGAUGCCCUUGCUUUUGGCAACAGCUGGAAGGAUGCCAACUCCCCUUUCCACUGCACAGUGGUUGGGCUCCCGUCCUCAUGCACCGAAACCGAGGCAGCCCAGUUCAGAUCUCAAGGCCACUGUGGAAUGAUUAGCGAUCAAAACGGACCCUUUAAAGAAUGCCACGACCUUGCAGAUCCUCAAAUACACAUGGAGACCUGUGUGAAAGACCUGUGUGCCACUCAGGGCAGCCAUAAGACCCUGUGCAUGGCCCUUCAGAGUUAUGCUUGGCAGUGUCAGGUUCAGGGCAUCAUCAUUCAGCCAUGGAGGAAGAUUGUCGGCUGUGGUAAGUGAGACUCCAAAAAGUAGAAUUUUAAGGUGUCUUGUUGCAUUGUCAACAGCUGGAAUGGAAGUUUCCUCCCAUUUUUCUUAUUUUACCUAUCUCUCCUUCAUGGAGAAUAUUCCCUAAAUGGGGAAGAGACAUAGCUCAGUGAUAGAACAUCCGCUUUGCAUGCACAUCUCCAGUUUCAAUCUCCAGCAUCUCCAGGUCCUCUGUCUGAAAAUCCUGGACAGCUGCUGCCAUUUGGUGUCAACAAUACUGAGAUUAGAUGGACCAGUGGUCUGACUCAGUAUAAGUCAGCUUCAUAUGUUCUUAUAUAUGUUUCUUUAACAUUGCUGGAAGCGUUGCACUGUGUGUGUCUUUCAGAGCUGACCUGCCCAUCGAAUAGCAACUACGUGCUCUGUGGAACUGCUUCCCCCGCUUCUUGCUCACAACCACCUGUGCCCAGGAGUUUCUCACCUGCCUGUUUAGAAGAAUGCCAGUGUGAACCUGGCUCAGUGCUGAGUGGCACCACCUGUGUGCUUCGGGAGCAGUGCGGCUGCAGCUACAAGGGCCGAUACUACCUAAAAGGGGAAACAUUCUUCCAGGAAGGAGAGAAUUGCCAUAAGAUAUACCGGUGUGACGAAUCAGUCCAUGCCGUUGGUGGCGCAGAGUCCUUGUGCGGCCCCGGGCAGUUAUGCGGUAGCCAGAAUGGGGUGUACGGGUGUCACCCAUUGUCAGACGGUACCUGUCGGGUUUCCGGGUUUCUCAGCUACAUCACCUUUGACGGGCGGCAUUAUGGUUUCCAUGGUGCCUCCACGACUGUCGUGGUUGAACUGUGUGGGGCACCGGAGUCCUUGCCAUCUUUUAGAGUUGAGGUGAAGACCGAGAAUGUGGCUGGAAAUCCUUUACCUGUGAUAUCAGAAGUGCUUGUGCUAGCGAACAAUACACAGAUAUCUCUGCAGAGAGAACACCAGGGUACUGUCAAGGUAAGAACAUAGGAGCCAUGUUGGAGGUUAAACAGGAAAGGCCUGGGCCUGUGUUGAGCUUCUGCCUAAACUCAUCCCCAGACUCGGCAGAGCAGAAAAUUCAGUGUGCAAAGGAGGAGAAAGGAGAGAUGCAGGUCCACCUUUGGGCUCAGCUAAGAAGCCAGUGUGGUGUUGUGGUUAAGAGCUGUAGACUCGUAAUCUGGUGAACUGGGUUCGCUUCCCCGCUCCUCCACAUGCAGCUGCUGGGUGACCUUGGGCUAGUCACACUUCUCUGAAGUCUCUCAGCCUCACUCACCUCACAGAGUGUUUGUUGUGGGGGAGGAAGGGAAAGGAGAUUGUUAGCCGCUUUGAGACUCCUUCGGGUAGUGAUAAAGCGGGGUAUCAAAUCCAAAACUCUUCCUUCCCCAGCCCUUUCGGCUGUCAUAGGGCUGCAGCUUUGGCAUCAGGUUGUAGCAGAGGAGGAAUCAGAAAGGACACGGGAGGACCACUCCAUCAGCCUGGAGACCAGCAACUUUUGACAACACUAGACAUACACACAACAUACAGACAUGCUGGGCACACAAAUUACUCACAGCCUCCCCUUAUCAGUGGGCAGUGUUCUAAUAAGAGAAGGGGGAAGAAGAAGAGGAGGGAUGUGAUUGGCCCUUCCAUGCUUCUCAAAUGAUCAGUCUGAUGACCAAGGAUGGAAUGGUUUGCGUCCUCAUCAGGAUGCAGGGCUGAGUUGGGCAGAUAGAUUUAGGCACCUCCCACCCCUAGACCAUGUCUUCUCUAAGUGUCCCUUUUUUUUGCUACCACCAUAAAAAUUGGGGUGGGCAGAGACAAAUGUCCAUGGGGAGGCAGACAGGUUAGGCCUGGAUUAGGGCAGCGGUUAGAUGGUCUUAAUGUAAGGCAAGUCAGUGUCAUUAUUUCCCAUACAGAAGAUGGGAUGACUGAAGCUGAGAGAGAGAGAGUGGCUUCCCUCAUGAGUUUGUGACAGAGGGGAGAUUCAAACCAAAAACUUUGUCAUUUGUUGCUCAGCUUCUUUGCCGUUGUGAACCCCAACCGUUGUUCCUCUGCUGCAAAAUGCUCAGAUUAUCCUGAUGGAGCUUCCCACAUAUGCUAUGUGCUGUGCCAAGAGGAGGGCCGUGGCUUGUUGCAAGGGACAUGGUUGCAGCCGCAGUAGAAAGGUGGUGGGGAAAGGGUUAAGCACAUGCCCACAUUGGAUGUAUCUCUGCUGCAAAAUCCCUUCUCCAUGGCCACUUUGCAGCAAAGAUGUGGUAACUGAGAAUCCCUGACCCAUCUUCACUCUGCGUAGUUUGGCCAUUGAGGUUUCUGUUGUCAGGACUAACCUGCUUUUGUCGUUUCCUUUCAUACAGAUUGACGGCGUGGCUUUAAACCUCCCAGUGCAAAUCCAGGCCCUGGGAACUGCCAUUUAUCAGCAUGGCUUUUACACAACUUUAAAAGCAGACUUUGGGCUAACGGUGAUCUAUGACCUGGACCACGGUCUCCUUGUCACACUUCCCCCUCAAUACCAAGGCCAGACCUGCGGGCUGUGUGGGAACUUUAAUGGAGCUGUUGGUGAUGAUUUCCCAUUGAAAAAUAGCUCCACAACAAAAAACACGUUGCAUUUUGGUGACCUCGAUCGAUCUCGUGCCUCUAACCCCAUGUCUGAUCUCAUCUGGUCAAAAUCUAUGUGCUGGAUCAUCCAGAAUCCAGAUGGGCCGUUUGCUUCUUGCCACUCCCAAGUUGAUCCAGAGCCUUAUCUGACCGACUGCAUCUUUUACUUUCAUCUCUCUGUCAGGGACAACAACACCUUGUGCCGGUCCAUUCAGACAUACGUAAUGGCUUGCCAGAGAGCCAAUGUUACCAUCUCACCUUGGAGGAGAGAGACUUUCUGUGGUAGGCCAAAUCCACUUCUGCCUCACAGUUUGGACUGCAGUAUAGCUAAUGUGAUGUAUUGUUUUUCUGUAACAAAUUAGGCUUAAAACCAAGAGUUCUCAAAUUGUGAUCCGUGGACUACUGGUGUUCUACUGGGAGCCAGUGUGGUAUAGUGGUUAAGAGCGGUAGUCUCGCAAUCUGGUGAACCAGGUUCACUUCCCCACUCCUCCACAUGCAGCUGCUGGGUGACCUUGGGCUAGUCACACUUCUUUGAAGUCUCUCAGCCCCACUCACCUCACAAAGUGUUUGUUGUGGGGGAGAAAGGGAGAGGAGAAUGUUAGCUGCUUUGAGACUCCUUCGGGUAGUGAUAAAGCGGGAUAUCAAAUCCAAACUCUUCUUCUACAAGAAGAGUGAUUCAGGUGGUCUGCAGAAAGACUGAAAAACAGUCAAUAGUAUCUAUACUUAUGCUUGCACUUUAUUUGUCGUCCCCCCCCCCAUGACAAUGGAGAUUGAGACUGUUUUGACCAGGGCAAGAAUAUCAAACAGGCUAACAAGCACUUGGUCUGGGGCCUGUGAUCUUCAUAAUAUGGAUAAGCACCCCCCUUUUUUUCUGUCCUCCAUCCAAACAAGCACGAGGUAUUAUGAAAGCAUGAGGACGCUUUAGCUGAGAUUUCUGUAUUGCAGGACAUUGGACUAGAAGACCCUUGGGUCACUUCCAACUCUAAGUUCAAGGACACAUGCCAGCCAGGCAAGAACACUCAAGGAGAGGGUGCACAACAGGGCUGGUGAGGGGUGAGGCCUGGAGAGAGUUCCAAGGGGGAGAGAGAGAGAGAGAGAGAGAGAGAGAGAGAGACCUAAAAGGCUGAAUUUGGCCCCUUGUGUCUGAGGUUUCCCACCUGUGCUUUGGGACUUCCCCUCCCUUCAUGGCACUCUGCUUCUCAUUCCAUGUCUCUUCGUUCCUGAGCAGGCAUUGACUGCCCUGCCAAUAGCCACUACGAGCUCUGUGGGCCUCCCUGCCAGGACGUCUGCUUCAGUGCUUGGAUUAAGCCCCACUGCCUUCCUAUGUGCAUUGAAGGGUGUUUCUGUGACAGAGGGUACCUGCGCAGUGGAGACAGAUGCAUCCCAGAAGAGCAGUGUGGCUGUGUGCACAAAGGGCUGCAUUAUAAGGUGAGGGUCCACAUCCCUGCUUUCCAGUGUAUGUAGCCAUAAUGUAGCCACAACGGGCUUUUUCUCUCACUCCUGCCCUUAAUCCUCAAAUGGCUCCCAUUUACCUACAGUGCUCUGGAGUGAUGCUUAUAUCUGGGACACUGUAGUAAAUUAAAAUGGCAGUUGCCUGGUACUGAUUGGAGGAGAACUGGUGCUUCAUUAGUCCACUGGGAGGACACCAGCAUAAACAAAGAAGCCCACCAGAGGGCAUUUUGCUGAGUGCCCUCUCACUGAGUAGACACAGCUUUACAGUGGCCAUAUGUUGUUAAGUACAAUUGUAUAAUUGACACUGAAAUUGAGAGUGCCUGUGUGUGUUGCUGAAAAGUUUCAACAUGGGGAAAUUCCACUGGAGUGUACUAAGUUCUCUGGGCUCCUUCAUGGGUUGAUAAUUAAUUGUUGUUGUUCUCUGCUAGCUAACGUGGGAGUGUUUAACUUUAGAUCACAUGGGAGGCUAUUGAAUUGCAAAUCUGCCAUCUUGGAAGGGUUGUGGCUCUAGUCCUUUGUUCCCAGGAUUAGUGGGAAUAGAAAUGUGUGAAAGAGUCUCCUGAAGGGAAAGAAAACAGCUCCAAGCAAAAUGGAGGCUUUAGGAAAGAGAGUGACCUCUGCUUCCAGGUCUGUUUGGAAUUCUAAGAUGCUGAACCUGUGCUGGACAGCACAAGAUACAGUGGUAUCUUGGUUCUCAAACUUAAUCCGUUCCGGAAGUCCAUUCCAAAACCAAAGUGUUCCAAGACCAAGGCGCGCUUUCCCAUAGAAAGUAAUGCAAAACAAAUUAUUCCGUUCCAGACUUUUAAAAACAAUCCCUAAAACAGCAAUUUAACAUGAAUUUUACUAUCUAACGAGACCAUUGAUCCAUAAAAUGAAAGCAAUAAUCAAUGUACUGUAUUAUAAAAUAAAUAAGAUAGUAUUGUAGAUGUUUUAAAAAAAAAUUCUUACCUGCACCGAUGAUAGUCAUUGUUUGGAUGGGGGGCUUUUAUCCAUUUCCGCAGUCACACAGUCAAUCAAUCAGUAGCUGAACUGUGUUCCACACAGUCACCAAAAACCCCCCCGAAAAAGCCUCAAAAACAAAAACGCAAAAUAAAUAGCAAAAUCAAAAGCGCUGAACCUAAUCCAUUCCGGAAGGCCGUUUGACUUCCGCAAUGUUCGAAAACCAAGGUGCAUCUUCUGAUUGGUGCAGGAGCCCCGGAAACAAUUGCCGACAGCCACAUCGGACAUUAGCCCUCCGAAAAAUGUUUGAAAACCGGAACAGUUACUUCGGGGUUUUUGGCGUUUGGGAACCAAGGAGUUUGAGUACCAAGGUACCACUGCAUUGUACGGAACAACUUGGGUGUGUCUUUGAUGUUUAUGUUCUGUUUUGAAGAAAGUUCUGCAAUUAAAGUUUUGAAUCAAACAAAGGGUCCAGGCAAUGUUUAUUCCAAAAGGAAUCAGGGUUGUUGUUGUUGUUUUGCAUCCAGUCACUUCAAGUUGUGCACCAUUAAUAUCUGUGGCAAGUCUUUCAGCUCACAACCUCCCAUUAUGCUUGCAGAUUGGGGAACGGGUCUGGCUCUCUGGUUGCCGUGAGAGGUGCAUCUGUGACGGCCCUUCCGGCUUCCGCUGUGUCCCAGCCAGCUGUAACCUCGGCCAGAAGUGUGCUGCGAAGAAUGGGAAGCUAGGCUGCCAUACACGGUGGGGAACCUGCACAGUCACUGGGGACCCUCACUACUUCACCUUUGAUGGGGCUGUGGCGCAUUUCCAGGGCACUUGCGCCUAUGAGAUCUCCAGGACUUGCCACCCCUCCCCUCCUUUCUUCUACCGGGUUGUAGCAGAGAACAGGCACCAGGGAAACCCUCAGGUGUCUUUUGUGAGCCGAGUGGAAGUCUGGCUGAAGAAUGAAACGCUGAGCUUUCAUAUAAUCCUAGGGAGUGGCCAAACAGCAGAGGUACGUGAAAGAUUUCUGGAUAUGGUGCAUAGUUAUUUUGGGGGGUGUGUGUGGAAAUGCUUUUAUCCUGCUUUAUAUUCUCCACAGGCUCUCAAAACUGCUUACAGAAAAUGCAAUAAAAAUGAUGUCAGAGUUUGGUAUCGGGAACAGCAAUUGCCCAAUGGUGACAGAAUUACUUAGGUGGCAUUUCCUGCCCAUCUCACCCUUGUUGGUUUUCCACCACCUCCUUAAGGCUACUUUAUGCUGGCACCAUUUUAUUUAUCUGCUUAGUCAGAUUUGGUAUUUUAUUUAGUGCCCCGCUUGAAUUUCGUUUUAGCUGCCUUCGCAAUUGCAUUUUUUGUCGGUGUUUUUUUAAUUAAAAAAUUCAAAUUGUUACGGGUUAGUUUUCCUUUUAGACACACUCCUAUUGUCAGCUACCUUAGGCAUUUAUCAGAUGGAAAGCUGGGAAAGAAGCUUGCUUUAAUAAAUCACAAUUACAAUGAGGUCCUGGGAAACAAUUUCAGUGCAAUUGAACUGAAUGACGAAAUCUGUACUUUGUUGUGAAAUGAUCACAGGUGGCCACAAACCUUUCUCUGACACAUCUGAUAUGCUUACUGCCUCAAUCACAGGUCAACCAGGAAAGAGUGCAACUACCCCACAGCCUGGGAGCCCUGGGUGCUAUUUUCAAGGUCAAAAACAUUGUGACAAUAAAAACAGUAGCCAGUGUGGAGAUCCAGUACAACGGCCGCCACACACUCUUUAUCCAUGCGGGACCAGAAUAUCAGGGGAAACUCUGUGGAAUGUGUGGGAAUUUCAACGGCAUCCGUAGAGACGAUAAAGUCUUGCCUGAUGGAAGCAGAGCCCAGAAUGACUUGCAGUUUGGGAAUGCCUGGAAAACAGAUACAAGCCCAAUGGGGUAAGAGGGGUCGAUAUUGCAGCGUUUAACACUUUGUUGGUCUUUUUGUGGCAUCAUCUUCACAGUCCGAUGAAUGCUGAUGCCUUGGUGUGAGGGUAGCAAUGUACAGAAUAUCUAUUCCCAUAAAUUUUCUCUCUCUGCUCAGCAAGGUGUGGUGUAGCGUAAGGCACAGGUAAUAAGAGUGUUCAGGUGAGCUGCACUGAGCCCGUCCUCAGCAUUCAGCUCAAGCCACCAAAUGGUUCAGCACAGCCAGCAUUUCUCAAGUCAGUUUCAAAAUAAGCAUGUAGCAGAGAUGGCUUAUUUAGCUUGAGUCUGUUUUAAACCAUGACCUCUGAACAAGAUUAGUAGGAAGUAAAAUGGAUGCUAACAAAGCUUUUCUCUUGGUCACACUGAAGUAAAGAUGUCUGAGAAUUCCAGUGAAAAUGGAAACAUAAGUGGAAAUGGCCAGUGUUUGCUUAGUUGUCCGAAGUGCAAAAUGAAAAUAUACCUGGCGAAUAUGAUUAAUGAUGAUGAUGAUUUAUUUAUACUCCACCCAUCCGGCUGGGUUUCCCCAGCCACUCUGGGCGGCUUCCAACAAAGAUUAAAAAUACAUUAAAACUGCUGCUUUAAAUCAAGUAAUACGUAAUUGAUGACAUUACCCCUAUUUGCCUUGUAUUCCCUUUGCACUGAAAUGAACAGAACAACAUAAUGUAUGUUGGGGCAAUAUAGAGAGAGAGAGAGAGAGAGAGAGAGAGAGAGAGAGAGAGAGGAUUCCUGGUUGUCAAGAUCCAAAUUUGGGGCAAGUACUUUUUGGGGAGAAGAUUCCAGCAGGGAUUUAAAAUCACAAAAUAUCCAGCAAGAUAAAGCAUAGAAAAUGCGCAUUUUAAAAUACCCUUCAAAGUUUUCUACUUCCUCCAGCAUAGGAAAGGACCAUGUGUUUGGUAAGUUAAAAAUGGUUUAUUGUACUUACAAACUCUUCAAAGGUCAGAUUCAUGUGCUUUUCUAUAGAGCAUUCAGAAAAAGUUUCAUAGGCAGUAAAACUUAGCUUAGUUCCAAAAUGGUGAAAGUUCCUAAAUUAUUGGUAUAGGAACUCAAGAGCGGCUAGUGAGAGCCAUGUGGCUAAACUGGAGCAACUAGCUCAAACCUCUUCACACACUGAGCUGGAUUACCAGUUUCCUCCCGAAGGGAAGUGACAUAGCGAAGCCUGGCAGGACAGCUUCCUCUAUGGUGUUAACCCCUUCGUGCAUUAAUUAAACUUAACCAGCCUCAUAGAACCAACAUGCUUGUCCCACAAUGCCAAUGUAAUUUACAUGGAAGCCCAAGCUUUGCCUAGGCUCUUUCCUUUUCAUGCCCAACUCUGGCCGGUGACCACAGAAAGGCGUCUGCUGGGACUAAAACCCCCUGUCUUUACUUUUCAGGUGCUUGGAUGACACUGUAGCACUAGAGCCAUGCAAAGAUCCCCAGGAAUAUGAAGAGGUCUGUGGGGUCCUGAUUAACAAAUCAGGACCAUUUGCUGAGUGCCACUGGCAUGUGGACCCUUCUCCUUUUUAUUUGUCCUGCUUAUAUGACUUGUGCCACUAUGGGGUGGCUAAUGGCAUGUUGUGUGUGGCCCUCAGCGCUUACGAGGAACGGUGUCUUCUUAAUGGGGUUCACGUCAGUGGCUGGAGAACAGCUGCCCGGUGCCGUGAGUUCCAAUUUCAUCAGCUGCCUGUCCAUCUUGGGGGCAACUGGGGUUAAAGGGGCUUCCAGAUUCUCACUCUUUUCGUGUGGGAUUCAGUUACAAACUGGCAAAUUCAGGUUGUGAAAUUAUAGCAGAUCGGGAGGUCUUAUCCACUUUCCAAAUGUUCAGACUUUUUGCAACAAGAAAAGUGACGGGAAAAUACACUGGAAAGUCUGGGGUAAUACUAGCUUUGAUGCAACUUCAUCUAACCUCCCCACAAACAAAUCAGAAUGAAUGCUGAAUAAAUAAAUGGUGGACAUUAUCUGAUCUCCCUUCAAACAAAACAAGACCAAUACUUCUUAGAGAGGUUUUUUGGAAGCACCCCAAGUCUAUUAACUAGAAAGGGAUGGAAAACCAACCUUGGUGACUACACAGGGUAAUUAAAUGUAGGUAAAAACCAAUCCUCGGAAAAUCUGCUGUGCAUAUGCGAGGCUCAUUAUUUCUUCUGUUAGUGCUGCUGUUGACAGACUUCCUCUACUUUCUGUGUCCCUGAGCUCUCAGACUUCCUCAGAGCAGGGGUUGACUAACCAUUGUCAGAUGGUGGGCUGCAUUCUAAUCCUUGGGCCCUAUUGAGAUUUCCCCUACAGCCAAAGUGGCUUUCACUUUCACCCCAGAGGCUGGAAUGUUUAUCAGCAUUCUGUGACUUGCCUUGCCUUUCUCCCUCAGCAAUCACAAAAGAUAAUGAACAUCAUGAUAUUUAAAUCACUGGCCAGAGGUGGGUGGGUGUGUAACUCUGUGUGUGUGGUAUCUUUAAAAACUGUAAACAUUUGAAAUGUUCCUCUCUGUAGCUUGCGUAGUUUCAACACCCCCAUCCCCCUGCUUCUUCAGUACACACAAGCUCACAGGAAUAGAGGGGGUUCCUCAGGAUGUGGAACCAUCAGGAGAAGACUUUGGAGCAAAGGUAGAAGGCCCCAUUCAGCAGUAUAAGCAAGUCCCCCCCCCACAUCCACCCAGGUCUGGCUUACCACUUUGUGAAGCAAGGAAAGUAAUGCAUACUAUGAUCCAAAAAGACCCCUCUGUGUGAAGUUCAGAGUCUGCAAUUACCUAAAACCACCACUGAUUCCUGCAGCUAAACCUGUUUCUCUUUCUCUAGCCGCAACGGACCCCUGCCUUGACUUGGCAUGCGAAGAGAAUGAAUGGUGCGGCGAGCAGAACGGGAAAUGGGGCUGCUUCUGCCACAGAGAUUAUAGCCCUGCCAAACGGGCUUCUUAUGGUAAACAAGAACCACAGCUUUUCCCUUUUUGUCUUUGCAUUUGCCUUUGAAACACGAAGUGUUACAUAAUGUCAGUAUUCACACAUACCCCUGGUGCAGUGCCGUCAAACCGAGGGCCGCAUGUGUGGGUCCCGACCAUCCCAGAGUGGCCCUCAUCUUGCCACACGCUGGGGGGCUCCAGCUCCAGUAACAAUAUCAUCAGCUGUCACCUGCAACAACCCAGCUGUCAGAAACAGGGCCAGGCUGCCAAAUUCCUUUUCUCCCUCCAGAUUACCGGUUGACAUGCGGUGGCAGCAACAGUGCCGUGUCUCUCUGCCGCUGCCUACUCUUCACCGAUGGAUUCCCCGCCAAGGAACUGCAUUUGGCAGAUCCCACCUGCGCUGGCACGCUUGUCGGAGACAGGCUCCUCUUCUACUUUGAUACUGUGCAGAAGACCUGUGGGACCACAAUGGAGGUGGGGAGAAUUAUCCAGCAUAAAGCCUCCCCUCUCCCCACCCCACUCAUGAAGAAACACUUGACAGAUAUCCCAACAUGCAGCUGCUGCUCCAGUAAAAAAAAGCCUCUCUGCUGAAAUAGGUAGCAGCAAGGUUAUGCAAAAUAUCUCUGCCUGACUGAGAUGCUAGAAAGCUGCUUGCCAUCAGAGUAGACAGAUGAGAUGAGCAAAUAAUAUAAGCAGAAGUCAGUUUCCUAUGUCUAUACCAGGGAUGUCCAACCAGUAGAUUGUGAUCUACCGGUAGAUCCCUGGCUGAUCCUAGUAGAUCGCAGGAUGCUUAUUGUGUACAAAAAGUUAUGGGGGGAAAGCUAAAAAAACUCCUUCCCCCAAAAGAUUACAACUCUGGGCACUUCACUCCUAAAAAAAGCAAUCCACCCACCCCACGCACGCUCCUCCUCCCUCCAAUGACAAUGGGUAGAUCACUGCCAGUUUUUUUAUACUUGGAGUAGAUCACAGUCUCUUUGGAGUUGGAAAUGCCUGGUCUAUACCAUUUCCUGCUAUCUGAUCCUUUUAACCAGAGAUGUUGUGACCCUGGUACUUUCUGUGUGUACCAGUGAGCUAUGACCCCACCUCAAAUAGACCUCCUAAAAAGCAAGAUUCUGGCAGGUAGCGCUGUGGUCUAAACCACAGAGCCUAGGACCUGCCGAUCGGAAGGUCGGCGGUUCAAAUCCCCGCGACGGGGUGAGCUACCGUGGCUCGGUCCCUGCUCCUGCCAACCCAGCAGCUUGAAAGCACGUCAAAGUGCAAGUAGAUAAAUGGUGGGAAAGUAAAUGGCGUUUUUGUGUGCUGCUCUGGUUUUGCCAGAAGCGGUUUAGUCAUGCUGGCCACAUGACCCAGAAAAACUGUCUGCGGACAAACGUCAGCUCCCUCGGCCAGUAAAGCGAGAUGAGCGCCACAACCCCAGAGUCGUUCGCGACUGGACUUAACUGUCAGGGGUCCUUUACCUGUACCUUUAGCCUCUGAUACCUAACUGGCUUACACUAAGGGAGAUGUCGGUACUAUUUCCAGACUCCUGGAAACUGGGAGGAGGGACACUGCCAAAGCAAGAAAGGAAAAUCUGCCCUCUGUGUCCGCUUACGUUGCAGUGGGCCUCACAAAGUUCUUUCCUUGCAUUAUUUCCAGAUCAACACAACCCAUGCCAUCUACUUCAACGCAGUGGAGGGCCGUGUGGAGAACACCUACGGAGGGGUGAUCAGCAGGGAUCGCUUUCUCUUCCUGCGCUUCUCCUGUGCCUACCCGCUGAACAUCAACCUUUCACUGACAUCUGCCAUCCAUCCCAUCCAGGAGUGAGUUCAGCCGGAAGGACAGGACAGAGAAGCCAAAUGCCCCAAUGCAGGAUUUCACAUCCUCGUAAUAUUUGCAUCUUUCCAGCAUUGGCUCUAGCAGCACCUGGUCCCCUGCAGAGAGCUGUCUUUGUAUCCUCUCGCUGUGCUCCUCCCCAACUUUCCUUGCAUGCAUCUUUCAAUUGUGGAAGCCUUUCUGUGCCUCUUCCACUCACAUGGCUUCAAAUACUCCAGGCCUUUUACCUAGGUUCACCACGUUGGCUCCAAAGUUCUUUGUUCCUUUGCUCUUAUUCGCUUCAAAUUUAGGUACCUUUGCAUUCCUCUAAGAAUCUACCUUCUGGACCAGACUGAAGGCCUCCCAGUUCAGUACUCUUGACUCCAACAAAGGCCAAGCAGAGUUUUCCCACCCUCAAAACAUUGCUCUUGUGUCCUUCCAACCUCCUGCUUUCCAAAUCUUUCUUCUUCCUCACUCUUCAUCUCCCAUUAGUCCUCUUCCUGAUCCCAAGAAAGUGCAGUGCUGCCCUGUUGCUUGCUCCAAAACAAAAGCAUUGUAACUCUCUUAUGUUUUACCCCUUUGAUAGCAUCAUUAACACCACUCUCACCUCCGGCCAAGGGAGCUACCAGACCACCAUGACUUUGUACCAAGACCCUCAGUACAGCCGGCCCUUCACCCAGAGCCCUAUCCUACUCACUGUCAAUCACAGGGCCUAUGUGGGCAUCAGCAUCUCGGGGGCAGACGCCACCCACUUUGUACUGACCUUGUCGUCGUGCUGGGCCACACCGGACAAAGACGCCUCCUCCAGCAUUCGGUGGGAUAUCAUCACCAACCAGUAAGCUGCUUGCCUCUUCCUGUUUGCGUGGUCUGCUCGAAAGGGAACAGGGCUUACUAACUGGAGGAGACAGGCAGGGAGAAGAGAGAAUUCAUAGCACUGGAGAACAGGGGUUGAGAAUCGGGAGGAUACUUGGGUUUGGCUGUUGAUGCCUUUUAGACAUCGACCAUGGACUGAGGGCCAGGACACCUGGCAUGAAAGGGCAGCUAGAGAAGAAAGCCACAGCAUUCAAGCUGAAUACAGUGGUACCUCGGGUUAAGAACUUAAUUCGUUCUGGAGGUCCGUUCUUAACCUGAAACUGUUCUUAACCUGAGGUACCAUUUUAGCUAAUGGGGCCUCCCGCUGCCGCCGCGCUGCCGCCACACGAUUUCUGUUCUCAUCCUGAAGCAAAGUUCUUAACCCGAGGUAUUAUUUCUGGGUUAGCAGAGUCUGUAACCUGAAGCGUCUGUAACCCGAGGUACCACUGUAUGUAUUAAGAAGGGGAGAAGUAGAGGGACUGCAGUGUAGCAAGACAAGAACCUAACUUGAAUAUUCUCUUAACUGAGGAUCAAACUAGAAAUGAUGUUAUUCAUAUAUUUAGUCCCUGCGUGACUGUUUUUCUUAAAACAAAACAUAUAAGUAGUUGCUAUAGAGACCUCAAACUGGGUGGAUAACAUUCUGGGCAGGGAGGGGGGAGUCUUAAACUCUUGCCCCCACUAUGAUCCUGAUCAGAAACUGAUCCCUCCACACUUACACACCCAGAGCCAGGCAGAGGCCCGGGCCAGAUGGAUAAUGUGUCCUCCCCUUUUUUUUUACCCUGGGGAUAACUGAAGUCUUAUAAAUAAGAAAGUAUAUAAAUUUUUUUCACAAAAGUUAUGCUGACAAAUAAUUUUAUUUCAAGGCUUGAACCAUGUCUGCAUAUAAAGACAAAAUGGAAAAUAUAGAUAAAUAUGCUGACUGAGGCCCCCUUUGGAAUCGGGGGCCCAGGCCAAGUGGCCCAUAUGGCCAAGUGGCCCCCAUCUGGGCCUGUACAUACCUGAUGUCUUCAAUGCAGAGAGCUCCCUUCCCACUGCAAAGGGGAGCUGCAGUUCCAAUUCAGACCAAAGGGUUAAAGACUCUCUCCUCCCUAUCCUUGUUGUGGUCUUGAUCCCUUUCUGGCUCCUGCGUAUAAAAUUUAUGGGGAAGGAAAACACAGCCCAAGGGAUGAAAGGGAUGAAAAUGCUCCUUAUUAAGGCCUGGGUCUCAGAAAAUGUGGUGCAACAUCUCCAGCGCCCCUCUGCCCAUCAUUCCUUGAUGUUGCAGAGAUCAAGUAUGAAAACGCCUCUACGUGAACCAGCCUAAUGUGAUUUCUCAGCCGAUGAUCAGUCAACACUCAGCGACUCCUAGCUGAAUGUCAGGACUGUCUUAAUGGAAGAUCGUUGUGAUGACCCUGGAUGGACAUGAAAGUCUUGUGAAGGGUCUUUUGCACCUGCGAGUUGUCGUUUGAUGCUUCAGUCAAACGAGUGAUAAACUUGCACAGGUGAACAAGCCCUUGGUCUCACCAGGCCCCUGCAACUCUCAAUCCUUUGCCCUAUGCCACCUUCUCAUUGCAGGUGUCCAAACCCUCGAGACGGCACCGUGGUAGUUGAAAAGGAUGCCGUGUCCCUCACUGGCCAUUUCUCCUUCAAUAUCUUUGCCUUCAUCCCAGAUUUGGAGGAAGUGUACCUGCACUGUCGUAUCCGCCUCUGCAGCUUCCUUACCGCCAGGUGCACCGUGGUGAGUUAGGAAAAGUAGAAGGAGGAGGCUGGCUCCAGGUUUGAGCGGGGCCAUAGUGGGCCCCUCCCAUGCCAAUGGGUUGCCCCGGUGUUGUGGACUUACCUGGCGACGGAAGCAGAGUUCUUUCCACUCCUAUAGAACCAUUUAAGUUUCCCACAAUGCCCCACCAUAGUGUCAUUCUGGGGUAUUGUGGGAAAUCAAAACGGUGGUCAGUUUCUCAUAGUUCCCUGGAAAACAUCAAGGGCAUUUAAAUGGCAGCUGAGUGAUUCCAGUGCUCAGAAUGGAGUGCCGGUUAAAGGAGUACCUAGGGCAGGCAUCAGCAGUGGUUACCUGUUGGGAGUCUGGGGCCUUGGCAACUGCCCAAGGAUGUUGCAUGCUGACACAGGGUCAAGGUUUCUGAGUCAGAUCAGGCCAAGGCAACAGCUUUGAGAGCUGGUGGUAGCCCUCAUAGCCUCAUCUGGAGAGAGAUUAAGAUCAGAGAGGUGGAAAAUUACCCAGGCGAUCUUGACUUGUGUUAAAAUCUAGAUAUGAUCCUGAUAUACCUGCAUCAACCUGGACAGAAAACAGACUGGCAAUGGGCUGGGAAAUUAGCCUGACUGUCAUCUUGGUACCCACGGGAGUGCUGAGACUACAGAGCUAACCUAUGCAGAAUCCUCUAGACAAAACAAUAAGGUCCCAUUUCCUCCCCUUCUUUCAGAAUUGUGACAAGCCAGGCCCUGCGAUUGCUGGAAGGAAGCCUCCAUCAGGCAUUGUCUCAGCCGGCCCUUUCUUGAGAUAUGAUGAUUCUCUUGAUCAAGGCAAGACACUUUCCUCUCAGCACAAAGACUCAGGCAUCUGGGCCCUGCCUGGCAUUGCCUCUUCUCACAAACAACGCUAA